AUAUUGAGUAGUUUAGAGUCAGUCCACAGCGACAUAAGAGGAGAGAAAGCAGAUGAGACACUUGUGUGUCCAUGCAUGUGUGCAUCUAUGCAGUGAGAGUAAAAGCAAAGUGACUUUUUUGUGAAGUGAGUGUUCACUGCUGACAGAGAGAAAGAGAGGGAGAGCGAGAGAGGGAGGGAGAGAGAGAGAAGCAGAGUACAUGUGUUUCUGUCGUUGAAGGAAUUGCUUGCCUGGGCGUGAUGGCUCUUUUGCGUUAGUACUUGUGUGGACAGAAGAGUUGGCAGCAGUCGUUUGUAGGACUCACGGGGAAUGGCAAACUCUACAGUAUCCCUGGAAACAUCUGACUGAACAAGAAUGGCUGAGGCUAUUUGUUGCACUUUGGUGAACUGUAGCUGUGACAGCUUCAAGCCUGGAAAGCUGAAAAGGAGGCAGUGUGAAAACUGCAAGCAUGGCUGGGUAGCACACGCCCUGAGUAAGCUGAAGGUGCACCACAUGUACCAGAGCAGCCAGGUGGAGAUUGUGCACUCCAAUGUAGUGUUUGAUAUCUGCAGCCUGAUGCUCUACGGCACCCAGGCCAUACCUAUUCGGCUUAAGAUCCUCCUGGACCGCCUUUUCUCUGUCCUAAAGCAGGAAGAGGUUAUUCAGAUCCUCAGCGCACUCAACUGGUCUCUACAGGACUACAUUCGGGGAUAUGUGCUUCAGGAUGUAGCAGGGAAGGUCCUGGAUCGGUGGGCCAUCAUGACUUUUGAAGAGGAGAUUGCCACACUGCAGCAAUUUCUGCGUUUUGGCGAGACCAAGUCCAUAGUAGAGCUCAUGGCCCUCCAAGACAAGGAAGGUCAGGCGGUGUUGGUUCCGAGUACCCGAACCAACUCAGAUAUCCGCACUUUCAUUGAACGCAAUGCCCCUCGCACUCCUGCCAAUCUUUCUACAGCUAAAGUUACUAAGCUGAGUGGAAGCAGCAUGCAUCAUUUUGAGAACUUUAUCAACAGCGUGCUGCCAUUCCAGCUGUUAGGCUCUGUUCCUGCACCAUUUCUGGGCUCACCAGCGGGCAUGUUGCAGCACCAGAACCCCCAGCACCAGUCAUGUCGUGAAUCGAUGGAGCUGCAGAGUCAGAAGCAAGAUGAUAAAGCACAGGAUGGUCUAGGAAAGGACAAUUCCUUCACUCUUUCACACCCUGCAGAGUGCAGCCUGUUAGACUCUGGCUCUGCCUCCUUCACUGCAAAUUUAGACCGAAGUGAGGACAAACCGAUGGACACCCUGUCUACCACCACCAAGACAGAGGCUGAGGACUUUUCCACUAGUGAUAACUAUUCGGAUGGACCCUCCACACCAUGCACCCCAUCUAUGAGCUCUGAUGUAACACAGCUUUCACCUGAAGGAAAACUACGCUCAAUGGACAGGAAUGGAAGCUGUGGUGGAGGCGUCUCAGGAAGUGGAGGAGGUUCUCUGAAGAAGGGUCGUGUAUUUUGCAAUGCCUGUGAGAAGACAUUUUAUGACAAAGGCACACUGAAAAUCCACUACAAUGCAGUGCAUCUAAAAAUUAAACAUAAAUGCACCAUUGAAGGGUGCAACAUGGUGUUCAGCUCACUGAGAAGCCGCAAUCGUCACAGUGCCAAUCCAAACCCACGGCUUCACAUGCCUAUGAACCGAAAUAACCGAGACAAAGACUUGCGGGGCAGCAUGUCUGCUGACGAGAGCUCUCAAGGUGAGAAAAGGCCUGAAUAUGGCACCUCCUUCUCUGUUUGCUCUGCAGAAAGCCAUAAGUCAGUCCACAAGUCAGUUCCCAGCUACAUGGUGAGCCACGUUGAGAGUGGGUCUAAGCUCCACAGCAGCUCAUUCUCAAGCAUGGGCCAGAGCGGCAUCCUCUUUCCAAAUUUAAAAACGGUGCAACCAGUCCUGCCUUUUUACCGCAGUCUGGUAACUCCUGCAGAGCUCGCCAACACCCCAGGAACUCUGCCCUCGCUUCCUCUUUUGUCUUCCUCUGUUCCUAUCAAACCGAUGACAGCUCCUGAACCUUGUAUCACAGACCCUAUACCAAAGAAAAAGUCACGGAAGUCAAGCAUGCCAAUAAAAAUUGAGAAAGAAGCAGUAGAGCGAGACGAAGCGAUAGAUAAAGGGAACAGCUCAGAGGAUGAGGCUCCUUUACAGAGCAGGGACAAGGAAGAAAGCAAAGGUAGCCGAGAAGGGUAUCUGCUUGCAAGACAACCUAGAGAAGAAGACUACACCGGUGAAGAAAAUAGCAGCAAAUAUGUGUUUGACCACUCUUUUGAUAGAGAUAUUACAGAGAGAGAAAAAAAUGGUGGACAAAGGCAGACUGAAACAGAAGUAAUCACCUGUGCAUCUUCCCCUGUUGAAAAUAAACUAACGGAGAACCACUGUGACAACAACUUAGUCUGUCAGGAACCCAAUAGCAAUGGAGGUGAAGGUGAGCACAGGCUGACAAAUGGUUGUGUUCCUCUGCUCACAGACUGUGACCAUGAUGACUGUGCACAUGACUAUGGAAACUCAGGGUUGCCUCACCUUGACUCAGACACCAAUCUUGGACACCAGUGUGAAAUAUGCAGUAAGACCUUUAAGAACCCUUACAGCGUUAAGAUGCACUACCAAAAUGUCCACCUCAAAGAGAUGCACAUGUGCACAGUGGAUGGCUGCAAUGCUGCAUUUCCUUCCAGCAGGAGCCGAGACAGACAUAGUGCAAAUUUAAACCUGCACACCAAGCUGCUGACCAAAGACUCAUUCAGCCAAGCCAACACCCUCUACCUACUCUCAUCCCACUCUAGAGACAGAGACAAUCACGGCCUGGACUACUGCCAAGACUAUCAUGAUCCAAUGAGCCAGACCUCUGUCAUCUUCCGAGGACACAACCGAACGGGCUUGGUUUUUCCUAUGAGCAAAAUGUCUAGAGGAUCAGACAGUGCUGAGGCAUCUCCCUUAGGUGAGAUGGAAGGAUUAGAUGGAGGAGGACAAGGUGGUGGGAGUGGGGAGGAUGGGGCAGUCUUGGACUUGAGCACCUCUUCGUCUGCUACACGCCAUGGUAGCAGUAGUGCUCGAUCUUCCUGGGAUUCAGAUGGAGCCGGCAGCGAGAAUGGGGAGGGCAUUGAAGAGGAUGAGGAGGUGGUCCCUAUGGAGGACAGUGAAGAAAGCCGUGAUGGGAUCGAAGUGGGGAGGCCUGGGGGUGAGGAGUUGGCAAAUGGGGGAGCAAGGAACCUAGGCUGUGGACAAGGUGGACUUCAGGGCAGCGGGAGUGGAGCUCCAAUAACCUGCCAUGUCUGCCAAAAGGUCUACAGCAACAAGGGCACAUUCAGGGCCCAUUAUAAGACUGUCCAUCUGCGACUGCUUCAUAAGUGUAAAAUUCCUGGCUGUGAUACAUCUUUCUCUUCUGUGAGAAGCAGAAAUAGGCACAGCCAAAACCCAAACCUCCACAGGAACCUAGCCGUUAGCUCAGGUGCCACGAUGGAGCAGGAAUAAGGAUUCAAGCGCUUUUAGCAAGUUUCUUUGUAAUUGUCUUUGUUGAUGUUAUUUACUAUUUUUGGGCACCUAAACACUCUCACUUACAGUAUUAGCACUUUUAAAAAAUUCCAUUCUAUAUUCUACCCUGGGGUGAAAUUUUGACACAAAAAGAAGAAAUGAAACUUAAUAAGGAACUGCAAGUAGCUUUAAGAAGAACAGAAAUUGAUUAAGCAUUACAUAUUUACAUGUGUCAUUAAAGGUAACUCAAGCAAAUACCAGUAAAUUUAUUUUUGACAUUGAGAAAUAGUUUGUUGUGUCUUAGUGUUUUGUAUCUUGUUGUUUUGUAUUUAUUUGCCUUACAUUCCUGUUUAAACAUUAAAAUUGUAAUUAGAAUGAACUGAUUUUUCCAUGUCAUUCAAGUUGGAGUUGAAUCAUAAAACUGUAUCACAAUAUUGUUUGUGUUUUUUUUGUUCUGAGAUGUCCACUGUGCAUUAUGUGUAGAUCAAACGCUGUGGUGAAAUUAUUUCAGCAUAUGUUGAUCAUUUGGAUAACAGACUUCAAAAGCGUUUUUGUUAAAAGCUAUAGUGUUGUGAGCUUGACAAAUAAGUUAUUGUAUGGUGUUACAGUAUAUUAUCUGUCUUUACUGUUUUGGUUAUUGCAUAUACUGCUAAUGUUGACCAAAGAUUUUUUCCAGCCCACAGGUGCAUAUAGACACUCUUUAAUGUGUAAAUACAUAUCCGUUUAUCUACUUUAACAGCAGUAUUUUGGCGUGGACUCAGCUAAUAAAAAAUACAUGAAAUACACACACACACAAAGAAAAAUAAACCUCUGACUGAGGGUGAGAAAAUGGUUUAUUUUGGCAUUGUUGUGAAUAAAUCUGCUCAUGGGACCAAACAUUGCUCUUUUGUUAUCGUUGUAGUUACUUGCAGUAUCCCUCUGACUGACUGCAGCGUCAGACAUGCAGAGAAAUACUGUGUCUAGAGGCUAGAACCAUGUACUGUGAAUGAGUCAAACACUGAGAAAUUACAAUAAUAUUGAUAUUUUUAGUAAUUGCACCACAUGUGAGCACACCCUGGUAAACAAAAAUGUUUAUUGUAUGUAUAUUCUGUGAAUAAAGUAAUUUGUUUUUUGAAAAAAAAUAUGCUGUACAAAAUAGGUAAAUCUUUGUUUUCUUUCCAAAAAUAAACGAACAAAGGACAGAUUGUGUUGUAUAUGUUUGAUUGUCUGAUUUUUUCUGUUCAGGUUUUACUUUGCAUUCUGCUUUUUUUAUUCUGUAUUUAAAUUUAAGAUUUCACUUGAUUGUUUAAAAAGGAGUAAAAACUGACUGACAUGUUUAAAA